AAUGCUUACAUAUAUUGCAUGCUGAUUCACGACCAUCUACGAGACAGGGCGGGUGGAAAGGUACAUAUUAUUAGCACGUUCGUUUCUGGCCAGAUAAAAGAAGACGGAGAAAGAGACAUAGACCCAUCAAAAUAUCGCCGCAUCGUACAUCAUGUUAAUACUUAUGUACAACAAGAUAUGUCGUCAAUGCCCAAAAACAUGAGAUUCAAGUAUUGGACUCGCUUGGUUCUCGGAUCAAUCGGAGUGACCUUACUGUUACGUUACUAGGACUUGAGAAGCGUUUGAAACUUGGAGAACAAAGUCCGGAGUUUAAUAAAGAUCAUGAGUGGUCUGAUCUCAAUGUUACAAAAUGGAAUGUCGUAGAACAGUUCCUAGAGGCAAAACAAACGGAUGGCGCAUCUUGUGGACUGUUUAUGCUAAAUUUUAUGGAAUAUUGGACAGUAGAUGUGUUAACAGAUCAGUUCACCCAGGAGGAUAUCAAGCACUUUCGACGAAAAUUAGUUGUCAUUUUGCUCGAUUCAGAACUGAAUAAGCUAAAAGGAUGUCCGAUAUACCAUCAACCAGACAUUAAAGAAAAUGUAUCGAAAUCUGAUCUCGAGCUCCUAGAUAAUCCACCGGAUGGAGUCAAAGACAGACGUCCUAGCCCAAUCCUCAGCAUGCCCACGGAUCAAUUUGAAUUGCUUGUCGGCCUUUGCAACUAUAUCAUGUCCAUUGAUGAUGCCAAGUGUUUGGAGUAAGUAUCAUUUAUCAAUAUAUAAGGUGCCAGUAUACACUGUUGUUAUUCUUACCAUCCAAUUCUCAAAAAAGAAUGGGACCGAAGCUCGACACCCCGUACAAUGGGCUUAAGUCUCAAAAAACUUCAAAGCAUACUUAACAUGAAGCAGUCUAUGGACAAUGAUUUUUCAACAUUGCUGUGCGUAUUCUGGCAUGUGACGAGGGAGUAUUGUUCACAGACCCUUCAAUACACUACAUGGAUCUACAAUUUUGUUCCAUGCUGUGGGAUUCAACACGAGAUCAAAAGUUUUUGGGAUAAGGAAACUAUUCAGAAGUUGGCAACUUUGUCUGAUAGCUGGCAUGGGAGAGACAACAACAUAUUAUCGUGCAACAUGGUCAUCGACAAAGAGGCAUGUCAUGUAUCUAUUCUGGAUCCUAUUCGUACAACACAAAUGACGGAGAUGAAAAUUUUGAGGCACUUAGUGAAAUUAAAAAGUUUUGCGAGGGAAUUCAAAGAAGCACUCGAAAUAAAGCAACCAGGAUGGCAUUCUGAUAUAUCAAAAUGCCAACGUGUAUUUCCUAAUGGUAUUCCAACGAGCAUAGACGGGGAUUUGUCAGGUUUUUAUGUCUUUCAUUUUAUGCUCUGGUGGAACGGUAAAGACCUUGUGCAACCGGUUUGUGCAGAUGGGUAUGAGUUGAGGAAGCGGUUUUUAUUAUACUUGCUCAAACAUCAUGCGAAUGAAGCUAAAGACAACUUGCCUGAUAUUGUGCGAGAAUUUCUUAAGCGCAUCAAGUAGAUCUCAAUAUUCUAUAAUAUAUUUUUAUUUGGAUCAUUACUUUAUAC